UAACCCAGCAAACAGCAGUUUAUCGGGAAUCGACUGAACCAACAGACUGUCGUGAAGUCUGAGCAGUUGGGGACAUUUUUUGAGAGAAAGCAAACCUGCAGGACGAAAAGUCCCCAAGACAGAUUAAAGUGGAACUUUAAAAGAAGUCUUGGAGGAAGAUUGGAAAGAAGAGAAAUCUGACCUCAGGAGUUGAAAAGGACGUGUAGAAAAGGCAAAGAAUGGCGUCAUUUGGACUUGAGCUUGCUGGCAUCGGCCUGUCAGCGGUGGGCUGGUUGCUGAGCAUCGUCAGCUGCGCUCUGCCCAUGUGGAGGGUCUCUGCCUUCAUCGGCAACAACAUCGUCACCGCUCAGGUGUACUGGGAGGGUCUGUGGAUGAGUUGUGUGUUUCAGAGCACCGGCCAGAUGCAGUGCAAGGUCUACGACUCUAUGCUGGCCCUCCCUCAAGACCUGCAGGCCGCCAGGGCCCUCACCAUCAUCACCAUCAUCCUGGGUGUCGUGGCGCUCCUCAUCUCCAUGGUGGGAGCCAAGUGUACCAACUGCAUCGAGGAGGAGGCAGUCAAAGCCAGGGUGAUGGUCUCCUCGGGCGCGGCGUUCAUCGCGUCAGCCCUGUCGCAGAUUGUGCCCGUUUCCUGGUCUGCACACACCAUCGUCACGGAGUUCUACAGUCCAAUYGUCCCAUCUGGGCAGAAGAUGGAGAUCGGAGCGGCAUUGUACCUGGGAUGGGCCGCCGCAGCCCUGCUCCUGAUCGGCGGUGCCCUCCUCUGCUGCAGUUGCCCCCCACAGGAGGAGAAGGCACUAAGGUACAACGUAGCGCCUCAGAGCCGUAUGGCGUACUCCGCCGCUCCGAGAUCAACAGCCCAAAGCUCCUACACCAGAAGAGACUAUGUCUAAGAGGAGCCAAGAAGUCAAGACAGGGUUGAGACAAAAUCCCAACUAUUAUUUAUGCGUUUUCUGGAAAUUUAUGUUUAACAUCACGGGAAAAGUGAAAUAAAAAACACAGAUUUAAUCUUUUUUAAAAUUGGAACCAAAAAUAUUCAUACAUGUUUUUUAUACUCUAGAAAGACAGUUGUUUACAUGUCAACUUCUCCAAAAGAAAUAAUUUUAUAUAAAUAUAUCUGUUCUUAACGUGUUUUGUUGUACUGGAAAUGUGCUGAGCAUAUAUAAUUACACUGUAACUGGAACAAAUGCUCAUGUUUAUAUUUGUCUUGAUGGACUUGCAAACCAGAAACAGGAGCUGCGUCACAGCUGAAUGAAAGAAAGAAGGUCAAAAUGGCGGAGUGGACUGUGAGGAAAGUCACGUGAAGAUCUAUUUGGUUUGCUUCAGAUGUGCUUUAUUCCACGUUUUUAAUCUCCAUUACAGUCCUGUUUUACUUUCCAUGUGUUGUGACUUUUAAUUGUUGAAGCUAAUGUACUUGACACUUGUUUAACAGAAUUUAUGUUCAACAUUGUCACAUUUUCCUUCAUAUUUCUAUAUACAAACUUUUUUGAAAAAUGUCAAUACAAGUGAAACUAUGUUGUAUUUAGAUCUACUUAUGAUGAUUUUAAAUAACUUAAAGGAAAUAAAGCAAUGAAGAUUUUUUACAGUGAAA